AUGAAUACUCGAGUAUCUAUGUCCGAUGCUCUAUCAAAUGUAGAAGUUCUCUACGAACUUCCACUUAUUGAUUCACAGCCGAGUGUUGAAGGUGCUAAUAAUGCGAUUGUCUACGAAGCCAAUCUCGAUACCAACUUCGAAGAUAAAACGGCCUAUAUAACUGGAAUAUCGAAAUAUAUUGAAGAAGCUGUUUUACAUGCAAAUCUGAGUCUUCUACUUGAACAAGGUUAUCAACAUGCAAUGACCCUCUAUACCUGGCGAUGUUGUUCACGAGCGAUACCGACGGUAAAUAUCGGAAAAGAUUCUCCUAGAUUCAUUUGA